AUGAAAGUUGGACUCAGGACGACGGGUCCUUUCACCAUCUAUGCGGAGAUCAACCCGACAGCAGGUGGCAUUCACCUCUACUGGAAGGCCAACGGCCGCCAGGUGGAGCUUGCGGUGCAGGCGGACGGAGUCAUCAGCAGUGGCUGGAAGAGCGUCGCGGCCAGCUGGGACAAGAGCACCAUCAAGAUCUACAUGAACGGCAAGGUCAUGGGGAGCAAAGCCUACUCGGGUGCCUUCAAUGCUGUUGACAAGAGCGGCUUCUGCGCCUGCGUGGGUGAACCCGGCCGCACACAUGAGGCUUUCCAGGGCAAGAUGCGCCACGUGCAGGUCUUGAACAGGGCCUUGGAAGACUCGGCGGUGAAAGCCUUGCCCAUGGCUCAUGCCGCCAGUGGCGUUAAGGAAGCAAGCCUGAAGUGCAUGCAAAAUGCCGAAGGGUCGAAAGCAGACUUGCCGAGCACAGGGUCCUUCACCAUCUAUGCCGAGAUCAACCCCUCAGCAGGGGGGCAUCCGGGAGUCGUGGGCUGGGGCAGCCAGGGCGACAAUUUCGUCUCCCUUCGCCUGAUCCCCUGGAGGGGAAACGGUGGGAUUCACCUCUACUGGAAGGCCAACGGCCGCCAGGUGGAGCUUGCCGUGCAGGCGGACGGAGUCAUCAGCAGUGGCUGGAAGAGCAUCGCGGCCAGCUGGGACAAGAGCACCAUCAAGAUCUACAUGAACGGCAAGCUCAUGGGGAGCAAAGCCUACUCGGGUGCCUUCAAUGCUGUGGACAAGAGCGGCUUCUGCGCCUGCGUGGGUGAACCCGGCCGCACCCAUGAGGCUUUCAAUGGUGAGAUGCGCAAUGUGCAGAUCAUGGACAAAGCAUUGUCCGACACGGAGGUGAAGAGCCUGCCCAUGGCUGAUUCUGGCGGCAGCAGUGCUCCUCAGCUCAAAGCCCCAUUGGUAUACAAGCAUGCCAGCAGUUUUCAAUGCAACAAGUGCAUGCAAAAUGCCGAAGGGUCGAAAGCAGACUUGCCGAGUACAGGGUCCUUCACCAUCUAUGCCGAGAUCAACCCCUCAGCAGGGGGGCAUCCGGGAGUCGUGGGCUGGGGCAGCCAGGGCGACAAUUUCGUCUCCCUUCGCCUGAUCCCCUGGAGGGGAAACGGUGGGAUUCACCUCUACUGGAAGGCCAACGGCCGCCAGGUGGAGCUUGCCGUGCAGGCGGACGGAGUCAUCAGCAGUGGCUGGAAGAGCAUCGCGGCCAGCUGGGACAAGAGCACCAUCAAGAUCUACAUGAACGGCAAGCUCAUGGGGAGCAAAGCCUACUCGGGUGCCUUCAAUGCUGUGGACAAGAGCGGCUUCUGCGCCUGCGUGGGUGAACCCGGCCGCACCCAUGAGGCCUUCAAUGGUGAGAUGCGCAAUCUUGAGAUCAUGAACAAGGCCCUGAGUGAUAGCGAGGUGAAGGCCUUGCCUAUGUAG